GUGGCUUUUUCAAAGCAAUGUUUUGUGGCUUUUUCAAAGCCAUGUUUUGUGGCUUUUUCAAAGCAAUGUUUUGUGGCUUUCGGGUGGGAGAAGGCUUGGAUUAAGAAAAGCAUAAAAUGGUGAGAGCAUUUGGCAAAACUAGGGCACGGGAUGUAGAGAUGUAAAGCAUCCAAAGAGAUGGUGAGAGCAUUUGGCUCUACCAUGGGCACGGGUGAGAGAAAUCAAGAGAGCUAGAGUGAAAGAUCUCUUGUGAAAGAACUCUUGGGGUAGAGUGAGGCUCUUGGGAAAAUUCUGUGAGUGGGUGUACAAGGGAUAUGGGAUUGGGUUAUGUUGAUUUAACUCAUGUGUAACUUGUACUGUUUUUCUCAUAGUGAAGAGCAAUAUCUCUCCGAGGACGUAGGCAUGUUUUUGCCGAACCUCGUAAAUUUCUCUGUGUCUUUAUUUCUUGUACUUUAUUUUGUUCAACUGUGUGUGAUUUUUGGUGAGGUUGUAAUCUGAAUCUCGGUUCCGCACUAACGAACGGGCCAGGGCACAACAUUCUUUAGCUGGGCUGCAGUCAAUGCAGUUUCAAGGUCCUCUGCCGACGAUGCAACAAAACAAUAUGACUAGCCUGCAGAAAAAUUCAGAUUUAAAGCAAUCGGAUUCCACAGCGAAGACCGGAGAUGCAACUGAGGGUGAUGUGCCAGAGGAGGUCUAUAAAAAGAUCGAAGUCAUGACAGCAAUGUACUUAUCCGACCUACGUGAAAUGUAUCAGAAAAUUGCUACCCAAAUUCAGCAGCACGAUUCUCUUCCGGAAAAACCAAACUCGGAGCAGACUGAGAAGCUGAAACUGUCGAAGACCAUGUUGGAGCGUCUCAUAUCAGUCUUAGAGAGUUCCGAAUGUAGUAUGUCACCUGGUAAAGUUGUGUCCUCUUUUUCUGGGCUUUCAAUAGCACAGCAGACCAAUCCCAAUUAAACUUUUCUAUAGCGUGGUCUUGCGUAUUAUCCAAAUGCCAUGUAUCAUGUACGCAAGGCUGGGAAGUUGAGUCGUAGCUUCUGUUUGGAUGGUUUGGAAGUUUUGUAUGGAUAUACUGUGAGGUUUAAACUUGAGAGUUUUCUUAAUUAAUUAUUCAUCACAAUUAUAUG